AUGCCUCGCUCGCGAGGCGCGUCCCUGUCUUCCUCGUGGAGCGGGUGUAGCUGCGCCAACUGCAACAAGAAAAGGAACGUGGGGCUUCGAUCAGAAGACCUGGACCUGCUGGCCGAGGACAUCGCCGACUACCUCGAUCAAGGCGACUUUCGGUAUGAGGACCACCCAGAGGUGGAGCCCGGCACGCCCAGCUGGAUUUUCGACGCCAACACCGCCGCCGCGCGCACGCUCGUCGCCGCGGUGUCCGCCGGCGACGCGGAGCGGCUGGCGGCGGCGUGGCGGGAGCUGGCGCUGGAGGAGAACAUCGACGACUUCUACCGCUGCGAGGCCGCGGGGCAGCUGCUCAUCCUGGGGGCCCAGCUGGGCAAGGCGUCGGUGGUCAAGCCGCUGCUGGGCCUGGGCGCCAGCCUGGAUGCGGUGGACGAGCACGGGCACCAGGGGCCAGCCCUGCUGCACGCGGCCAGCGGCGGCAACGUCAACGUCGUGCGCGCGCUGCUGGAGGUGGGCGCCAGCCCCGACCAGCAGGAUGUGCGGGGGCAGAGCGCGCUGAUCGUGGCCGUGCUGGCCGACCGUGCGGCGGUGGCAGAGGUGCUUCUGUCGGCGGGCGCCGACCCCAAUCGCGCAGACUCCUUUGGCGCCACCCCCAUCUGGUACUGCGGCCAGUUCAACGCGCUGGACUGCAUACCGGUGCUGGGCCUGCACGGCGCCGAUGCUUUCCACGUCGACCCGCAGACGCAGGACGACCCUGUGGAGGCUGCCAUGAAGCAAGGGUACACGCGGGCAGCAGAGGCGCUGCGGCGCCUGCAGCAGCGGCAGCGCAUGCGCGAGCGGCAGAAGAGCGCGGGCGGCGGCUCCGCGGCGCAGCAGGCGCAGCAGGGGCCGGCCAGCGAGCAGGAGCUGCGGCAGCGGCAGCAGCAGGCGGAUGCAGCCAUGGCCGCGCUGCUGGCUGAGCUGGAGGAGGCGUCUGUGGGAGGAGGAGGCGGCGGCGGCGGCGGCGGCAAGCAGGGCGGCAAAGGGAAGAAGAGCAAGCAGCAGCAGCCCAAGCAGCAGGCGGCGCAGCAGCAGCAGCAGCAGCAGCAGCAGGCGCAUGCCGUGCAGCACCGAGCCGAGCAGCCGCACGGGGACCAGCAGCAGCAGCAGCAGCAGCGGUCGCGGCCGCAGCAUGGCAGGCAGUCGCAGCCGAGGCAGCAGGAGCAGGAGCAGCCGGAGACGCCUCCCGCGGCCCCCAGCCCCAGCAGCAGCGGCCCACUGGCUUCGCUCAUCGCCGUGCUGCACCCGCAGUCUGAAGCGGUGGUGGUGUCUGCCGCCCAGGCUGCACGCAGCGCGGCGGCCGAAGCAGCCGCCAACGGCGGCGGCAAGAAAGCACGGCCCAAGCGCAGCGCCAGCAGCAGCGCCAACGGCCGGCACGAGUCGCCGCCUGCUGAGCAGCAGCAGCAGCAGCAGCAGCAGCAGGCGCAGCAGGAGGCUGCAGCUGCUGCUGCUGCGGCGGCGGCGGCUGCGGCUGCUGCUGCGGCGGCGGAAGAGGCAGCAGCAGCAGCAGAGCGAGAGGACCCCAAUGCUGAGCUCAGGCAAGCGCCGCCAUCCUGCUGCUGCUGCUACACCAGAGUGCAUGUUUGUGUGCGCCAGUGGGAGGCGCUGCUUGCUGAGGCGGCGGCCUGCGGCGCUGAUCCCGAAGAGCAGCAGCGGCUGGGGGGCCUCAUAGAGCAGCAGAUGCCGGGAGUGGCAGAAGCGGGGGUAUCUGUCAAGUACGGCAAGAAGCUGCUGGGCAAGCUGCAGCGCGCGCCCGCCGCCGCCGCGGCCCUCGCCGCCGCCGCCGCCGCCGCCGCCGAGGUGCUGUCGCCCGGCUUUGAGGAGGCGUGCGCUGCGGAGGAGGCGGCAGAGCGGCGGGCCAACCCUGCGGCAGCCCUGCCCGACGACUUGUUUUCGGAUGAGCCUCCGGAGGCGGCCAGGCAGCCCAGCUCUGCGGAGCGGCGCACCAGGGAGGCUGAGGCGGCGUUGGAGGCGGCUCUCGCGGAGGCGCGCUCCCUGCGUGCCUUCCUGCAGGAGGCAGCCCUGGAGGGCGCAGAGGCCACGCUCGCGCAGCUGCAGCACCGGCGGCGGCGCCGCGAGCAGCAGACAGCGGCGGCCGCGGCCGCGGUGGCGGCGGCCGCCGCCGCCCCGCAGCUGCUGCCGGCCAACGGCCACCUCGGGGGCCUGCCGCUGCUGCAGCAGGCGGGCGCGCUGCCGAUGCAGCAGCAGGCGGCCGCGGCGGCGGCCAUGGCGGCGGCGGCGGCGGCGCAGGGCGUGCACCACGACGGCUUGUCUCCUGACAACGAGCGCGUGCUGUGCGUGCCGUGCGGCCACAUGUGCAUCUGCACCCGCUGCCUGCCGGCGGCGCAGGCGGACGGCAAGUGCCCGCUGUGCCGCAUGCCGCUGCAAGACACGGUGCAGAUGUUCUGA